AUGUCGUUCGCGCCGAUCGUUGCCUGCGCGCAGAGCUACUCGUCGCGCUGGACGUUGCUCGCCGGCCUCGUCCUCCUCGCCGGAGGCAACGCAAUCACCGGCUCCGCUACCUCCCGGCCCGUCGUCUUCGUGGGCCGCUUCGUCGCCGGCGCCGGCGCGACCGCCAUCCCGAUGUCGGCGUCCAUCUGGCGCGCGCACCGCGAGUCCCUGCCCCCCACAGCGCGCCGAUACCGCCUGUCCUUCGUCGCGGGCCUGCUGAUCGCCGCUGUGGCGAUCGCCGCGCCGCUUGCAGCCGGCGCGCUGUGCCAGUUUGCCACCUGGCGCUGGGUGUUCUACGUGCAGGCUAUCGUUGUCAGCGUCGCUGCGGCCCUGUGCACGGCGCUGCCGGACCCCAAGGUCGGCGCCGAUACCGACAGCACGUUCGGGCUCGUCGUCGGCUCGCUCAUUGCCGGCACGCAGGCGUGCGUCAUCCUUACUUUUGCUGACUGGGAGGCCGACCUCGCUGGUCCGCUGUCGGCGGUGCUCAUCCUUGUCAACGUGUGCCCUUGGCUGCUUUGGUGGGCCGCGUGGGGGUGCAACAACGCGUCGUACACUGCCCACAAGCGGCGUCCUGUCAUACUCGCUGCCAUGGUCGUGUUCGGGCUCUCUGGCGCCGUUAUUGGGCUGGGAUACACCGCCGCCAUCCGCCUCCAAGUCGAGGACGCGAGUCCGUGGGGUGCGGGUCUGCGCCUGCUCGCGUUCUCCGCCCCGAUGGCCGUCUCGUCCAUCACUGCGCUGAGCCUGUGCGCCGCAAUGCGGUGCCACACGGUCUUGCUCGCGGUCGGCACGCUGCUCCUCACCGCCGCAGGUGCGGGCCUGGUCGCGACAGUCAACGUCGACAUUCCUGCCGUGCAGCUCGUUCUCCUCGCCGUCGGCGGCGUCGGGGCGGGGCUGGCCUCCAACGUGCCCCUCGACCUCGUGCGCGGCGAGCUGCGCCACGAGCCAGAGACGUUCCGACACGUCCCAGGCAUCUUGACCUUCUGUACGUCCCAACUCGAGGCAGACACUGCCCCCCACUAA